AUGAGCCAAAGCGCGAGCGAUUCCGAGGAGGAGCGCCUGCUCCAGGAGCAGUUCAACUCAAUAGCGUUCUGCAACUUCAAGGAGCCAGAUGGACAAAGCUUAUGUUCUGAACAAGUUCGUGUCGUGGGACAUGACUGCAAGUUCUGCCGGAAGAGGUUCUGCAUAAGGCACCUACUCCCCGAGGUGCACGGGUGCAACCCGAAGCCCCCGAAACUCAACAAACACGGGCGGCCUAAGAAAAGGCCCUAA